AUGUUGGCUCAGUUUGUUGCCCAAUACCACGAAGAGCUGCUCACCACGCUCCAGGCGUCGGCGAUCAGCUUCCUGAUCUACUAUUUUGUGCUAUAUCCUAUCUAUUUCCACCCUUUGGCCAGAAUUCCAGGACCUAAACUAUGUGCCUUAACAAAAUACUGGAUUCUGUAUAUCAGCUGGUCUGAGCAAAGAAACAGGUACGUGCACAGAUUGCACGAGGAGUACGGCCCAAUUGUCCGUGUUGGACCAGACGAGGUCGACAUCUCCGACGCAGAGUACAUGAAAGACAUCUACGUCGAUAACUUUGAUAAAACCAGCUUCUACACGCAGUUUGCCGACUUUGGCUCCUUCAACACGUUCUCAACUGUUGACAAAAAAUCCCACAGACAGAGCAGAAAGGUGUCGGCCAAGUUGUACUCGAAAUCAACAGUGGUUUCGGAGCCGUUCCAGGUAAAAGUCAGAAGUGUCAUGUCUGAUCUGUUAAAAGUGCUCGACGAAAACCAGGAGAAAACACUCAACACUUUCUAUCUCUGGUCGAUUAUGGCAAUGGACACCAUCUCUGGUUUUGCGUUUGGAUCUAAAGUAAGCAAAAGACUGCUUAGGGAUCCGUUUGGGGAAGGUGCAUCCACAGUGGUAGCAUUCAUGACCCAAUCUUCAGCCUGGUUCUGGACCACCCAGCUGCCUCAAUUUAGAAGAUGGGUGAUUCCAGCGUACAUUAAUGAGGCCUCCAAUGUGGCCUGUCAGUGGAUCAGUGAACAGUUUGCCGAUAGCCUGGAUAAAAACGACGAAACUUCGUCCUCAUUGGUUGGCGUCCUGCUUGGAGAACCCGGUGCAAAGGUGUUUGAUUCAAACAGAGCAAAGUCCGAGAUCUUUGACCACAUUGCUGCUGGACACAACACCACAGGAACCACGUUGAGUUUCUACUUCUACGAGCUUGCAAGAGACACUAAAAAGCAAGACCGUCUUAGAGAAGAGCUGAAACAGUUGAACGGUGGAAAUCUUGCAACCAACGACUACUCUUCGUCUCUUUACUCAGAUAUCGAGGAGCUACCAUAUCUUUCUGCUCUGACGCAGGAAGUUUUCCGUAUUUAUGCCGCCAUUCCGGGACAGGAGCCGCGCAAGGCUCCAAAGAACGGGUUCUGGUGGAGAGGGUCCAAAGAGACUCCUCGCACUUUCAUUCCUGAAGGGAAAACCGUGGUGAUGCAACCAUGGUCUUUACACAGAGAUCCGGUUUUGUUUGAGGACCCGGAGCUGUUCAAUCCCGACAGAUGGCUCAUUGACGACGAACAGAAACUCAAGGCCAUGAACAAACAAAUGAUGCACUUCGGCUAUGGCGCCCGGAUGUGUCUUGGUUUACACAUCGCGACAUGUGAAAUCAAACUCUGUGUUGCCAAUGUUAUCAGUCGCUACCGUGUUUCUCUGGACGACAGCUACGAUUAUGCCAACAACGUCCAAAUGAAAGACAUCUAUACCACUAUACCGAAAUCCAGAGACGUGCCUUUGAUUUUUAGCGGUUUGGAGAAAUGA